AUGGUUGUCCCGAUCUAUAAGAAAUGGGAAGCCAGUUCUGCACGUCUUCAGGUUGUCCGGCAAGACAAGACCAUUCAGUUGCUGGCUUUCUUCCCUGAUUUCCAUUACGGCACCUGUAUGAACUUUGUUCUCAAGGGUACUGACCAAAUCGAGGCCUUCAACCGAUCCGGCAAAUACGGGCUUCGCAUUGUCGAUGCCAAAUUCGCCUUGCCCAAAAAGGAUGACGACCCCAGCUCCAACUUCGUCUGCCUAGACAUGCCCGAGUACCCGAUUGAACAUGACGAUAUCUCGAUCACGUUCGAAAAUGACGCUGGUAUGUCAUGUCUCUUCCCGCUGCGGCAAUUGAAGGCCCGUGCUAAUGAAUUUGUUUUACAGAUCGCAGCGUGUUCAAGGCGGCCUUGCCUGGGUCGGUUAGGGAAAUGUCUCGGAUGGGGUCUCUCAGGCGAUGAUGAUGAGAAUUGCGUCAAAACCCACUUCUCUGACUCGACCUCGGGCUCUGACUAG